ACUUAAUAUGGUAUCGGAGCAUCAGUAAAGGAUUCUUUUUCUUCCUUUUUCGGUCCUUCACGCACGAAGCUGCGUCCAAACCAAUUUCUUUCUCUUCUCUUUUUCCUGAUUUUGUUGCUCUACCGGCAUGGCUCCUUCUGUAGCUCCAUCAUUUUCUAAUAUCACCAAAGACACCCAAGUUCAACCACUGAUCUCCAAUGCAGACACCUCUCAUGAUGCCUGGCAGAGUCUUCACUCUGCCUUCGCCAGCACCAGUCGUGGGCAUAUUGUCUCGCUCAAAUCCAAACUUGGAAAAAAUCCUCGAGGAGAUCGUACCAUUACGGACUAUCUUCAUGACAUGAAAGGUAUCGCUAAUGAACUUGCACUUGUUCAGUGUCCCGUUGCCGAGGAGGAUCUUGUUGUUCAUAUCUUGAAUCAAGUUGGAGAAGAAUAUGAUCACAUCUCCUCCGCUGCCCUUCUCCGGCCGACGUCAAUUCCUUUCACCGAACUUGGAAACAUCUUAAAAGAACACGAACGGAAAAUCAAGGCGUCGGAUGAAGCUCGUCAAGUAGGGAUCGCUACUGCAAAUUACACUGCUUCCUCUGAACGCCCCAAUCAUGGUUGCCGCGACGGGCCUGGUUCCUCGUCUGGUAGUCAGCGGGGACGGAACCAGUAUGGUGGCAGCGGCAGUCAGACUCGCAGUUUCUCCAGGCAGCAAGGUGGUUGUCAAUACUGCUCCAUUCCAGGUCAUACAGUUAAAGAAUGUCGCAAGUUGGCCAAGUUUCUACGGUUCCAUGGCUUUGUGUCUCAGCCCGCUGUGCAUAACACAGGUGCAAAGGAAGCGACCACGCCUAUGCUUCUUUCUGAUCUACGUGUGUCUUCUGCCUCAUCUACAACGGGUGUUAAUGUCUCGGCCUAUCGUCGAUUGAUAGGGCGACUCCAGUCAGUUCCUUCUCUCGCCGCCAUGAUUGUCUCAGAUUCCGAUUCGGCUACCCCAUCGUCCAAUUCUCGACAAGCCGGUCAAUCGGCCUCUGACCGUAACCCCGGCCACACUCCAUCACCCCGGCCGUCGCCGUCGGCCGUGCCUGGCCACAAACGGCGUCGAUUGAGGAAGCAAUACCCUUCCUCAACUCCGGUAGAUGAGGGCUCAAGGGUUGAAUUGGACGAAAACAUCAUGGCAUUGUGCCAUUGUCAAAUUGCUGACCGGGGGUUCGCCGAUGCCACUGACAUGGUUGGACCCUCCAUCGAGGUCAUGAGACCUACCAGUACUCAAACUGCUCUAGACGCACCGUCGGGGUUCUUCACGGUCCAUCUGGCGUCUUUGAAGAAGGGGCUGUGCUUCCCACUCCACCCGUUGUUGAUCGAAUUCCUCAACGUGGUGGACCUUCUCCCAUGCCAACUGGUCCCCAACUCUCACCGGUACAUCGCCGGUUACCUGAUCCGGUGCAAAGGUGUAGGGGUGAAGCCGACCUUGGACCAUUUCAUAUUCACCUUCAAACUGACCAAGGGCCAUAAAGAUUGGGCGUCCUAUGCCAGUCUUUCCCAGAGGUCCAGUAAACUCUUUGCUAGUGAUAAGAAGGGGUCAACCAAAGACUGGAAGCCUUUCUUUGUCUUCGUUUCGACGGGGCCCGAAUCUCCUUUCACGGGUUCAGGGCGCCCUUCCUUCCGCCGCAUCCCACGCCCCCCACCUGAUGCCACCCUUUUGUCUAUCACUCGCCAAUUCUGCAAUAAGGGAGUUAUGAACAUCAAAGAGGUGGUGACAGAGGAAACCCUUGCCGGGUUGGGGUUUGAGUGUGUUCAGGAUGAGCUUCGCCACCAACCCGACCUACUGAGGGACAUCCCCGGGGGGCAUCAGCCUGACCAGCUGAAGGACAUUCCUGAGGAAGGUCUUGACUGUGGUCCUUUUGUGGAAUUACAAGAUUCAGGAGAGGAGAUGGACAGCGAUCUCCUGCUCAGUCGCUUCACUGCAGGGAGGAAAAGGAAGAGAGAGACGAAGGGCCAGGGCAAACGUUCUUCAUCCCACCACGAGGAGAGUCCUUCUCGAGAGCCGGCCGUAAUUGUGGUGGAGGACCAAGAAGAUGCUACCCAGGAACCGGGUACCAUGGCUGGCCAAUCCCCUCCACACCCCGCGAUGCAGGGUGGCGACCUCGUUGGGUCAUCUCAGGGCAUUGCCUUGGAUGGUCAAGGAGGGAACCAAGUCCUUCAAUUGCGGACUCUUCCACGCCCAACAG